AUGUCGACCACCGUGGAGAAGAUCAAACAAAUCGAAGAUGAGAUGGCCCGGACGCAGAAGAACAAGGCGACGGCCUUCCAUAUUGGACAGUUGAAGGCUAAGCUUGCGAAGCUAAAGCGUGAACUUCUGACCCCAACCGGCGGUGGUGGCGGUGGAGGUGGUGCUGGUUUCGAUGUUGCUCGUACCGGUGUUGCUAGUGUUGGCUUCAUUGGUUUCCCUUCCGUCGGAAAGAGUACCUUGAUGAGCAGAUUGACAGGCCAACACUCUGAAGCUGCGGCCUACGAGUUCACAACCCUGACGACCGUGCCGGGUCAGGUGCUAUACAACGGUGCUAAGAUCCAGAUUCUCGAUCUUCCCGGUAUUAUUCAGGGUGCUAAAGACGGCAAGGGUCGUGGUCGACAGGUUAUUGCCGUGGCGAAGACUUGCCACCUGAUUUUCAUUGUGCUCGACGUUAACAAGCCGCUUGUCGAUAAAAAGGUCAUUGAAAAUGAAUUGGAAGGUUUCGGAAUCAGAAUCAACAAGCAGCCCCCUAAUAUCGUCUUCAAGAAGAAGGAUAAGGGUGGUAUUGCGAUUACUAGCACUGUCCCAUUGACGCAUAUUGACCAUGACGAAAUUAAAGCUGUCUUGGGCGAGUACAGGAUCUCAUCUGCAGAUAUUUCAAUCAGAUGCGACGCCACAGUGGACGACAUUAUCGACGUUCUCGAGGCAAAGAGUCGGGCUUAUAUUCCUGUCGUAUACGCGUUGAACAAGAUUGACUCUAUCACGAUCGAAGAGCUGGACCUGCUCUACCGGAUUCCCAAUGCCUGCCCCAUUAGUUCCGAGCACGGCUGGAACGUUGAUGAACUGCUGGAAAUGAUGUGGGAUAAGCUCAACCUCAGGCGAGUCUACACUAAGCCCAAGGGAAAGGCACCCGACUACACUGCACCUGUUGUGCUGAGAGCCAACGCAUGCACUAUUGAAGAUUUCUGUAACUCGAUCCACCGGACGAUUAAGGAUCAGUUCAAGCAGGCUAUUGUCUAUGGUCGCUCCGUUAAGCACCAGCCGCAGCGUGUGGGUCUUACGCACGAGCUUGCAGAUGAGGAUAUUGGUCCGUAA